AUGGCUAAUGAUGUCCGGAGGCCAGUGAGCCAGCAGCCCGAUCAUUAUCCUCCUCAGCCUCAGUAUAUUGGCAAUGGAGCUUCGCCGACCAUUUCUCACCACAAUGGUCCAGUGCAGCCUCCUCCCAUGGCCUAUGCGAUGUCCGGUCCUCCCCAUUCUGGCCCUGGUCCGGCUUCUGGCUCAUACCAUGCUGUAACUACUGGACCACCUCCUCAGAUGUCGAUGCAGGCAUCGCUACCGCCAGCUCCUUAUCCUCCUGCUUAUGCGAUGGCUCCGAAUGCACACCCUGCUGGCCCUGGCGCCAUGCCGGAAGCCAUGAUGAUGCAUGAUCCUAACAUGGGAGCACCUGGCAUGUCGCCAAGACACCAUUCUGCUGCCAUGCUGUCCGCGCACAAGAGGGCAUACCGACAGCGACGCAAAGAUCCAAGUUGCGAUGCGUGUCGCGAACGUAAAGUUAAAUGUGAUGCUACCGACACGUCCAGCUGCACGGAGUGCUCAAGCAGGAGUGUUAAGUGUCAGUUCACCAAAGAGACGAACCGCCGCAUGUCCUCUAUGAAGCACGCCCAGGACCUCGAACGCCAGUUGGAAGAGACUCGCCAAGAGAACCGACAGCUGCGUAAUAUGCUGAGCGAUCAAGGCAGCACAAGCGCAAGUGCUUCCAUGGCGCCGCCCUCGACCAGUGUGUCAGGACCACCCGAAGUCACGCCUAGCAAGCAAAGAAAUGGACGCCCGCUCGUUAUGAACAGCUUCGACGGCGUGCGAGCCAACCUUCGUAAAUUCAGCCAGGGCAUCUUCAAGCCACCGCAUCCGUACAGCAAACCUACCGUGCAGGUGCAUUGCGCCGACUCUUCGACGCCACUGCCAUCCAAGCAGCUAGUCGACAACUUCCUGCAGAACUACCACACCGUCCUACAGCCGCUGUGUCCUUUCCUUCACUGGCCGACCUUUGUCGACGAAUGUGAGCAGCUAUACAGAAGGGGCACCUUUCAGGGACUGCGCCAGAUCUGGAAAGCUCUGUUCUUUGCAGUCUUGGCCUGUGGUUGCAGCAUACAAGACGCGAGGGGAUCCGCGCACCCUGAUUCGGAAUGCAUCAAGUUCGCCGAAGUGGCCAAGUACUGCACAAAGUCCGUCGACGAUGAUAUCUCGCCCGACCAUGUUCGCACAUCGCUGCUUCUCAGUAUCUGCUUCUCGAACAUGAACCGCAAAGCAGCGAGUUGGUUUUGGCUUGGUUCGGGUGUUAGAUUCGCCCAACUGCUGGGACUGCAUCGAGAACAUGGCCAAUUGCCCCAAUUCGAGGCUGAAAUGCAAACUCGCCUCUGGUGGUCCGUAUACAACUGGGACAGGAUACUCUCUCUUGAACUCGGCCAAGUGCCCAUCAUUGACGACGGCGACGUCGAUGUCAGUGAACCCACUCCUGUUGACGAUGCAAGCAUAGGACCCAACGGACUCGGUAGCUCAGGUGCACGCCCGAACUCACUGAUCGUCUUUGUCCCCGUCGUCCGUAUCAUUUAUCCGUUGAAGAAGACGCUCAAGUCUCGCACCGUAACCGCUUCCACGCUGAAUGCCUACGACGAACAUUUCCGCUCCAUCAUGGGCUCCUGGCCUGAUCCAUACCCCAUCCACUCGAACGCUCCUCUCGAUCCCGUCUAUUUCAGCGCCAUAUUCUUGCUUCAGAUCGCUCGCUUCCACCUAUACCGCCACAAUCUCGCACCUCCCUGCCGCCCUCAAGAGCGCAAGGACGCUUUAUACCGCUGUCUGUCAGUCGCAAAAGAUACAGCAGUGUAUCUGCAGCGCUCGAUCCAGACCUCCCCUGGCACACCUCGUUACUCGGUCCAGCCAUUACGCCCAAGCCCGGAGUGGAAUGCCCGUAUGGCCGACAUUGCGCCCUUCUUCCUUGUCUUCCACUUCUGGCGCUGCACUCUUGUCGCUGCUCUUUGCGGGGAUUACGCGACUGCUCUCACAUGUUUGAUGCCCUUAAGCGCCAUUGGAACCCGUGUCAUUGUCAAUCCCGCUUGUGGACGCUACAUCGCCUUCUUCUUGGAUUGCCUCGUCGAGCGUAUUCAGAAUGGCAGAGGCAGCCCUGAGAUGUUAGAAGCUGAUGAAGAAAUGUUGGCAUACGCCAGUGCCGAUAUGCAAGGCUCGCAUGAGACUGCCUGGGCCUGGACUGGAGGCGAGGUUCUACAAAGAACGCUGGACCAUACCGCCACUGCUGCCGAGGGAGCAACCAGUGCUUAUGACCAGUCUAUAGGAGAAGAGCCGGAAUGGGACGGAUGGCAACGCAUCAUGGAUAUUCUGAGUCAACUGGAACAAGAGCAACAUCGCAGUAUGCAGCAGCAACAGCAGCAGCAAGGUGCUCCACCUCCACAUGCACCCGUACAGCAGCAGCAACAAUCGCAGCAGCAGCAACAACAAUCGCAGCAACAACAACAACAAUCGCAGCAGCAGGCGCCUCAGCAGCAACAACAACAACCUCCACCACCUCCUCAGUAUGCGACACAGCAUAUGCCACCUCAGUAUGCCCAGUCCCAUCAGCAGGCACCGUCAGCGCCAUACUUCCAACCACCCCGUGCACCUACACCGCACAUGACCCCUGCGCCGGUAAAUGCUGGACCGUCCAAUACACCAACCCCCGCAGGCACCAGCUCUCGUAUCAGCAUCAAGGACAUUAUCUAG